ACUUUAAGAUAAGAUUAGUGAUGUUUAUUAAUUGGGUCUGCUAUGUUUCAUGCACGUGACAUACACUUUCAAGAUUAUAGGUAUGACAGGAAAACUACACAGCGUUGAGAAAACGUAGCUUCUGAUUUUACAAGGCUGCUUUCGCCAAGCUGAAGACUCGGUUUCGGCUGCUGAGGGCAAAACAAACCUUAUCCGGUGCAAAGAACAUAAAGCCGCUGUUCAGUUUGCGAAGACUUCGAGUUUUCUCUACUUGUCAGAAGGAAACUUAUGUUUUGCGCAUUAAGUGUUAUUCAUGAGAUCAUUUGACCUGCAGAGGUAAGUUUAAAUCGAAAAGGCAAAGAAAUCUACGAGAGUCGACCGAGUUCUUUGUGUAGAAGUGGGUCACCGGUCACCACAAGAAUCAGCUGUGCCUGAGAAAUUGAUAUUUCAGCAAAUUUCAGGCAUUAAAAAUUACAGUUUCUCAUCAUUAUACAGCAUUUUUAUUUUACCCAUGUUUAUAAAAGCUUUUAGAAGUAGAUGAAUUAAUGAAUUCUCUCGGUCUCUGCCUUCUCUAGUGAAACUUGGAAUUGCGAACGAGGAGAAUGCAUUGUAAAUAUAAAGCUGGCAUCGCAACCUUCCAGUGCCUCAGCAAUUCUAAAUAUUUUUUAAAAACAAAAAUAGACAUAACAGCAAAGGUAAUUAAUAGUUUUCAAAAGUGCAUGUUUUAAAAAUGAUAAUAGUAAAGUAUUUGACAAAUUACCAACUUUAUUAAACCAAGUAGGAUGUUAUAACUAGAGAAGUGUGCUAAAAUGCAAAAGUUACGAAAAAAAAAACACUAAGGAAAAUGUAAACAGAACAAUUGCUAGUAACAAGAUAGGGAUAAGCCAAGUGGUGCAUCAUAGAAAAAACAAAAAAGUUCCAGCUUAUGCUUAAAACCAUACCUGCAACAUCACACACCCUUGUGACCCACAACUGACAAUUCAUCAAUGGUUUGGGCAGCUGGACUGUGAAGGGUGUGUAACUCAAUGAGAAGAUACAGAGUGGAAAAGCCCAUCUGUACAAGAUCUUCCUACUUUUCUCGCCAUGGUUGUGUUUGUGUGCGGGUGCCUGAAUGUGAAAAUCUAUGCUGAGGCCAUUAAACACCAAGAUGUCAGCCAGAACAGUCCCCUGGGAAACAGAGUAGUAGAGAUUGAACUCACAGAUCCUGGUUUUGAAUAUAAAUAUGGCUUUUGGGUAAAACGUGAGAGCUGUGGUGGAUGGACAACCUUCACCUGCCUCAACUGUAAGAAGAAGACACACACCAUAAACCGGGAUCUCAAAUUAAUUUUAGUCUGUAAAGAUAUGGAGUGUGGAGAUGAGGCUUUGUCACGGUUAACAAGAUCUAGAGAUUACUCCCCAGUCUUCCAGAUAAUUCUGAACUCUAAAGAUUUGAUAAGCAGCAUGCCAGACCCGAAGGCCCAGUCAUUUGAGGCCCUGCAAGCACAGCUGUCAGAUGUACAGCGACAGAUUGACAGCUUUCUUCUCAACCAAGAAAUAUCUAUGGAAGAGCGCAUCAGGCGGUUUGAAGAAGAGCAGAGGGAAGAAUUAGCACAAAUGAAGAUUCAAGCCCAGGAUGACAAAAAGAAAAUGAUAAGCUUGAUUUUGAGGCGUUCUGAUCAAACAGGAGGAAGUGGGCGAGCCUCAAAGCCUCGAACACCUCUUACAAAAUGUGUCAGUCUCAUUGAUGAACCAUCAAGACCAAGAGUCCAGCAAAUGUCAAAUCCCAUUGCCAUUGGGCGGGUGCCAUCACCACAAAGCAUCUCCACGACAGAUCUGGAGACUGAUGACUUAUUUGCGAUUGAUGGGCUGGAAUCUGAAAAUGAUCUCUACAACAACAACUCAAGCAGCGAGGAUGAUGAUGAUAUUCUAACAGUGUCCUCACAGCGGAAAGGCGUCAGAUGAAGCCUAAUCCAAUUUAUUCAGCUUCCCUGCCAGUGAAUGUCCCAAUGGGUGUCUGGAACAAUCAGAUACGAACUGAUUCUGGUUUUGAUUCAGACAGCGAUGAUGAGAGGCCUCGUUUGGAUCCACAGCAAAUUGCAUCUCAGAUGCAAGCUUUGGCAGAGAGCAUCCCAGACAACAACCGUUACAUAUUUGGGGACCGUCCAAGACCUCGUUUAAACACCAAUAAUUUUUGAACUUCUCUUGGUGAUUUUUGUUUGUUUUGUUUUUGUUUUUGUUUUUUUGGAGGGGGGGUUUUCACCACUUGAUGUGUGAAAGAAUGAUUGUGUGUGUGUCUGUGCAUCUCCGUGCACCAGGUGCAAGUAAAUGUUUCAAAACCUUGAUGCUGUUUAACAUGUAGACAAUUAAUUUUAACCCCCUCUCCCACCCUGUUUGCCCCUUCCCGUCCUACUAAUAAGUUGAGUACCUAAUUGAUCUAAAACUACAGGCUGUAUAUAUAUUGUGUGAAGCUUAAAUUUCGCUUUUCCUCUUUAAAAGGGAUUUUUUUUUAUAUAUAUAAUACUAAAUAUUACCAUUUUAAAAGAAAAUUGUUGACUGUUUACAGUUUUUUUUUUAUAUAGGAUGGUUCCAUUGGUAUGUGUGGGUAAGAGACAGCAUGUGAGUUUGUUGAAGCGUUUGUUCUUACUGCCAGUUUUCACUGCACAUUAUCAAGAGGCAGAAAUCUUGUUGCACCAAGAUAGUGCUGCUGCAUGUAAUAACCUUUGGGUAUGCUACAGUGUGAGGCAGGGGAAUGCAUUUUAAGCAAGCUUACAUCUCUUGUAUGUAAGUGAAAGUGACAUCCACAGCUAGAAAGUUUCACCUCUGUAAGAAAUAACCCAUUAACUAAACAGUAAGAAAUCUUCCAUAUAUUUAGCAGACGUAGAGGGAGAACUCAUUAACCUUAUUUUCAUUAACCUUAUUUAGCGUGUAUUUUGUAAUUAUUGCCUAAUGUUCUUUGAAUCAGUUUUGUUGCACCAUUAUGUCCUAGCAUCCCACCUAAUUUGUAAGCAACAUUCCUUUUUCCUAACUGAUAUGAAAUAGAAAAUCACAUGGUGCAAGUGUGUCCACAGACUUGCACUUGCUGUCUUACCAGCUUUGUAUACUUGAUAUACCAAAUGCCAUAUAAGAAAAAAAAACAUGUUGCCUACUUUAAAUAAAGUGUGACUUUUUGUUCUUUUCAGCCUGCUGUAUGGUGUACCAACCAUAUGGUGUAUCUUAUGGACUGUGUGAUAAAUAUAAAUUCAUACCUUUGUGGUAGUCUGCCUACAUUAUCCUUUUGUUAGCUGCUGUACAAUAAAUCUGGCACAUGUUGUGUUCUGCUGGUUGUAUGACAAGCUGCUCUCCAUUCUGUCAUUUAUGUGAUACCUGUAUUGGAGCUGUAUCUGAUGUGGAGCAGGUAAUUUCCUAUCAUUUGUGGGAUAUGUCUACUGUACUUCAACAUGUGAUAAGUCCGGUGGACUGUCUUGUAGAUGUGCACCUUAAUGGAAUAAUGCACAUAGAUGGUUUCUCGAUCUCUGUGCCAAAUCAAAAAUAGUUUGUUUUUUUUAGGCAAUGCGCUAUAGAGCAUAAAAUGACUGUUAAAAUGGAGUUUUCAAAAUGAAAUGGCAUUAAAUUUAAAUUUAAAUCACGAUUUUUUAAUUUUUUUUUGUACGGUGUAUUUGUUUUGGCUAUUUUAUGUUUUUCAUCAUACUUUGAAUGGGCACUUGAAAGUAUUUGGAAAAUCUGGCUGAGAUAAUCAUUACUUGAAAUAAUUAUGUGCAUUGCCUGAAUCAGAACUGUUGGAAUUUAAGUGCCACGAGAAGUAUAAAGGCUUUGUUUUUGUCUUUUGUGGCACCUCGUACUAACAGCCCCAUUGGUGUAUUUGUGAAUCUCUAUGCUAGCACUAGCAUAUUAUAGGUGACUGCAUAGAUUGCACAGGUAUUAGUGUCACUUGUAAUUUUUUUUUUUUUUUUUUUUUUUUUAAUGUUCAAGAAGAAAAUGUUGUGAAGCUAAGCUGAAACAAGUUGAUGCUUGUUCAUGGUUUUGCAACCAGAAUUUAACAGAAGAGUGACACUUGCUGUUCUUUAUCCUUCAUGAAAUGUGAUCCAGUAAUGCAGUAGAAGUAAUAGGUACUUAUAAUCAUUAAAAUUUUCAUCAAAGGCCCCUGACCACCUUGACAAUUGUUAUCCCAGGAGAUAAAAAGGGAAGACUGCGAAAAUUGUUUUCUGUGUCAGCUGUGUUCAGUCUGUAUAGUAAGAAAAUACUCUUUAAAGGUGUAAUGUUACAUUUAUUCAUAAAGUCCAGAAUGAAUAACUUUGAUGCUUUUUUCACAAACACAAACUGCAUAUCUUCUGCAGACACUACUGUUUUAGUGGCAGCAGAAAUCACAGCAAAGGAAACAUAAACCUAUACAGAGUGCUAUAUCUAGUUGAGCCUGAUUUCCAUGCAGUAGAUUUAUAGUUCACGAAAAUGCCGAGGGUGACUGAAAGAAUUUUUCUUAUGUAUUCUGUGGUUGCUGUUGAGCUGUGAACUGUCAUGCAGGGUGAUGCUCAUUGAAAUGUGUUAAGGUCAUGUAACAGAAUUUUCUUUGAUAACUGAUAUGAGCAAAUCCAACAGUGGUGAUAAAGUAUAUCUCUCAAGUGAGAGAAUUAUGCACAUAAUUCAGGGACCUAAGAGUGAUGACAUUAUUUUUUAGUUAUAACUAUAUUGUGUGUAUGAUGUGUUGACAGCAUUUCGCUUUUUUUUUUUUUUUUCUUUUUUUAAUUAGAUCUAGAAAGUGUGAAGUUUCUUAAUCAUUAAUAUGUUAGCAGUAAUGUUUGAACAUAAAUGCUGAAGUUAUGAUUUGUCAUAUGUAAAGUAAGCAGUGUCAAAGCGCACAUAGAAAUUUUGUGAGACUUCAUAACAGUUUUAGUAUUCAUUUGUGAGACAAAAUCUAUGUGUGUAUAUAUACACAAAUUAUUGGUAAGUCAUAACUGCAUUUAAAAUUAGUUGCUUUUGAAGGUGUCUUUUCUCUCUCUUUUCUUCCCUUGACCAUUACUAAAAAGUAAACAACCAAACAAGGGUGAAAGUAUCAUAUAUCUUUCUGUAUAGCUUGCUUUGGUUUCUCAUAUUGUCUUGACUAUUGCCUGCCAUUGAUCCUGAUGAAAAACUUAAAUUUCACCUGUAGUCCUGGGCAUUUUUUAAAUACCUUAUUGCGAUAUCUUCAUCCUGCCUUAUUUUUUUUUUUCUGCUAGUCUCCCUCACUAGUUUCACUCCUCAUGUCUUCAUAAGAGGGAAAAUGCUCUAGUCAGUUAUGAUUUUCAUAUAUGAAUAAUUAUGGGAUAUUUUUCUUAAUCAGUUUGUCAGGUCAAAAGUUCUUAUCAAUUUUUAAUGAGUCAGUAUGUUGAUUUGUAUUUUGUCUUAGUGGUGUAAUGUUUUACAGUUAUUUCAUUAACAUUAUGUAGACUGUACAAAAUUAAAAUUUUUAUAACAUCAGAAAUGUGCAAAUGAUGCUUUUGACCUAUAAAAGAGUUUACACUUAAUGUUUACGCUAUUAGAAUUCACUGUUAUAUUCCACAAAAUCAUCAGAAUAGUUACACUGUUAAGAUCAUGCCAUCAAAUGAUUGUUGUGAUAGGAUCCACAUCAUCACCUCAAUGUUUACACUGUUAUGAUCACACCAUCACAUGAUUGGAUCCACACCAUCACCUGAAUGUUUACGCUGGAUUCACACCAUCAUCUAGACAUUGAUAUAAUAGUAUUCAUACCACCUCAUAUUUUUAGGUUGUUAGCAUAUUUGUUCCAAAAAUGGAUAUACUGCUUUUAAUUCCAACUGGAUUGGCUACAGGAGACAUGUUGAUGACAUGCUGAAUCCAGUCUGUUUUAUACCUUUGUUGGUGGGAUGCAGAAAGCUUAAGAUUUAUACAAACACCAAGGGAAAAUCAUCUAAGAAAGGUCACAGCUAUACAUGAUUUUUAUCCAAUGCCAAUUUUCUGUUAAAAAUAUAUAAAAUGAUUUACUGCUUGUUCUCAAACCUGAAAGAAUUUGGUUGUACAUGGUUAAAGGGAGCAUGAAAGUAAGGCAGGGGUAUUGACAUUGUUCUAGCAUUAAUUGAACAUGAAUUCCGCAGUAAAUAUAGAAAGGUCUGUUUCUCUUUGUAUUAUUAUUCUCAUAUGCUGAGAUAUCUACUGAAAUGUUUCAGAUCAUUAUUCUGGUGAAGUAGUUUAGUGUCCAAAGUAAAAAUUAUUCCUUCAGCCAUAUCUUAAACAAACAUGGCUUCUGUAUUUUGGAUACAGGUUAGGAUGGGUGGGCUGUUGGAAGAAUCAGGUAUAAAGUUCAAGUUGUCUUUGAGAGGUGAUUUAAAAAGAAAAUCUGGAGUCCUAAGCAUGGAGUUUUGAUUCAGAAGGGUGUUAACUGGAAAAAUUUUCAAAGCCUGACAGAUUGGGGAAACUCAUUUACUGACUGGUCAUUGUCACUCUGUAUGCCAUAAUAGGUGAUAAAAAUGUGAUCUCAACCCCAGAUAUUAACCUUUUCAUUUUGGGGGAGCUUUUGUAUAAUCCAGCAUGUUAUUUAGUGUUGUCGAGUGCAUGACCAAGGCAUUUGGUAGUUGGGCACAUGCAUUAAACUGUCUACACAUUUGGAGAAAAUUUGCAAAAAAAGCUCUGAAAGUGCUAUAUUAACAACAUUAUUCUUAGUUUAAAGGUUGUUUAGAUCAGCUCUUUGAAAAGACUUUGGUGAAGUGGCUUUCAUUUCUUUGUACAGUGCUAUGAUCAUGGAUUUUUUUUUCAGUACAUUUUCAUCAACAAAGUUUUCGGUUGCAUAUACUGUAUCUAAAGACAGUGCAGUAAGAGGAAAGAUGAUGUGCAUAUUGCACGCUAAAUGAAAGAAAAAUAAAUGGUGUAGAAAAAAGAAAGUUUGAAGGACAUUUUGUUGAAACCUUGCCAGCCUUGGAUAUCCUCUUUUUUUGGAUAGGUCAAGCUUCCAUAUUAUUGCCAAUUUUGUAUUCAUUUUUUUCAACAGUGAGCAUUGAAAUACAAUUUGUCCCACUGCCAGCCAUAGCCAGAAGGCUUUUAAGAAAAAAAUCUUACUGUGUUGACCUUCAACUACUUUUUUGUGUGGAACCUGGAAUGUAUUGAGCAUCGAUAUGGUGGUAAUGAAGUGUGAUGGUGCGACCUACUUUGAGAACUCUGUUUUUACCAUGUAUAUAUUGGCAUCUGAAGAUUCUGGAUGGUGUGUUUGUUUUUAGUGGAACAGUGGUUUUAGGUUGUGAACGUGUGACAGCAACUUCUUGUUGCAGUUGAAGUGGUAGUCAUGGGAGUAGAUGAUUAGUGUUCAUUGAAUUAAAAUUUUCAGAAGUAUCACA